AUGCCUAAUUCCGUGUUUGUGGACAAAUACCUAGCACUUUACAAUGUGAUCUCGGCUUCGCUCUGGUGUGUCAUUUUAUUUCAGACUUUACGUGAUGCGAUUAUUUUUUUGAAUUAUGAUUCUGAUAUUACGUCUGCCGCAGAAUGUGUUUACAUUUCACACAGCUAUAUUGAUUACCCUCAUAAGACUCUUGUCUUGGUUCAAGCUUUCAAUGCUGUUGUCGAGAUUUCCAACACAUUAUUGGGGAUUGUCAAAUCUUCUAUUCCGACUGUAUUAUUACAGUUUUUAGCCAGGUUAUUGAUCACUGUUGGCAUAAGCUACUAUAUUCCCGGUUCUAAAGGAAAUUUUCAUUUUUUGAGCUAUACAUCUUUAUCGUUAGCGUGGUCAGUAACAGAAGUUAUCAGAUAUAGUUUUUUUUCGGCCAAAUUAGUCAAGAACGACAUUCCUUAUAGCCUACUUUGGCUACGUUAUUCUACGUUUUUCGUAUUGUACCCAGCUGGCUUAUUCAGUGAACUGUAUGUGGUUUAUUUGAGUUUGGACUCUGUACGUGGGUCCGGCUAUUAUUGGUUUCUAAUUUUUGCUCUCACUAUGUACAUUCCAGGAUUUGUCGUAUUAUAUGGAUAUAUGAUUAAACAAAGAAAGAAAGUCUUGAAUGUCAAAAAUGCUAAAAAGUUACAAUGA